CCCCGGGCCCAUAAGUAGGCACCGAGGGGCCGGCGGGAGCGCAGUCCCCGUCGUCAUGUGGCUGUGGGUGGCCCUGCUGCUGCUGCUCCUGCUCCCGCCGCUGUUGCGAAGCCUUUCCCGCCUGCGGCUGCGGCCCCUUUCGCCCAACCCCUUCGCCACCGAUGGCCAGAAGCCGCUCGCCCCGCUGGUCACCGACAGGGAGGCCCGGAAAAAGGUGCUCAAGCAAGCCUUCUCGGCCUCCCGAGUACCAGAGCGGCUGGACGCGGUGGUGAUCGGCAGCGGCUUUGGGGGCCUGGCGGCGGCGGCCAUCCUGGCCAAGGCCGGGAAGCGUGUGCUAGUGCUGGAGCAGCACACCAAGGCCGGCGGCUGCUGCCACACUUUCCGUCACGACGGCCUUGAGUUCGACACAGGGAUCCACUACAUUGGCCGGAUGGAGAAGGGCAGCUUUGGCCGCUUCAUCUUGGACCAGCUGACGGAGGGGCAGCUGGACUGGGCCCCCAUGGACUCGCCCUUCGAUGUCGUGGUGCUGGAGGGCCCCGGGGGCCCCAGGGAGUUCCCCAUGUACAGCGGGGAGAAGGCCUAUGUCCGGGGACUCAAGGAGAAGUUCCCGCGGGAAGAGGCGGCUAUCGACAAGUACAUGGAGCUGGUGAAGACGGUGGGCCGAGGGGCAUCCCACGCCGUCAUCCUGAAGAUGCUGCCCUUGCCAGUGGUCCACUUCCUGUCCCGCUGCGGCCUGCUGACACGCUUCUCCCCAUUCCUGCGAGCGGCCACGCAGAGCCUGGCCGAGGUCCUGCGCCAGUUGCCCGCCUCCCCCGAGCUCCGGGCCGUGCUCAGCUACAUCUACCCCACCUACGGCGUCCCCCCCAACCACGCCAGCUUCUCGAUGCACGCCCUGCUCGUCCACCACUACCUGCACGGGGGCUUUUACCCCCGCGGGGGCUCCAGCGAGAUCGCCUUCCACACCGUGCCCGUGAUCCGGCGGGCGGGGGGCAACGUCCUCACCAGGGCGCCGGUGCACAGCGUGCUCCUGGACUCGGCGGGCAAGGCGUGCGGCGUCAGCGUGAAGAAAGGCCAGGAGCUGGUGAACGUCUUCGCCCCCGUGGUGAUCUCCGACGCAGGCCUCUUUAACACCUAUGAGCACCUCCUGCCCGAGAAAGUCCGCAUUAUGCCAGGAGUCCGGGCCCAGCUGAGCCCGCUGCGGCACGGCAUCGCCAUGUUCUCCGUGUUCGUCGGGCUCCGUGGCUCCCACAGGGAACUGGGCCUAGAAGCCACCAACCACUACAUCUACUUCAACACCAACAUGGACGAGGCGCUGGAGAGCUACCUGCGGACUGCCAGGGAAGAGGCUCCUGCAAAAAUCCCCCUUUUCUUCAUAGCGUCGUCGUCGGCCAAGGACCCUACGUGGGAGGAGAGGUUUCCCGACCACUCAACCGUGGUGAUGUUGUUUCCCGUCUUGUACGAGUGGUUUGAGGAGUGGCGGGAGGAGCCUUCUGGCAAGAGGGGCGGCGACUAUGAGGCUCUGAAAACCUCGUUCACCGACGCCUCUCUGGCGGCUCUGAUGAAGCUUCACCCCCAGCUGGAGGGGAAGGUGGACAGCAUCUCGGCCGGGUCCCCGCUCACCUGUCAGUUCUACCUGGCCGCCCCCCACGGGGAGUGCUACGGCGUUGACCACGACCUGGCCCGCCUGCGGCCCGACGUGCUGGCCUCCUUGAGAGCGCAGAGCCCCGUCCCCAACCUCUACCUCACAGGUCAGGACGUGUUCACGUGCGGUCUGAUGGGGGCCCUGCAGGGAGCCCUGCUGUGCUGCAGCAGCAUCCUGCAACGCAAUCUGUACCGCGAUCUCCUGCAGCUCCAAGCCCGCCGCCGCCGCCCCGGACGGCCGCAGGGCCAGAGCUCGUGAGAGCUCGUGGCCCAGCCCGUGGCCUCCACUCCCGCCCAGCAGGACUGGGGAAGCUCAGAAGGACGGAAGGGCUUCCUCAGCCCGCGGCUCCUGCUGUGCCAGGGGCGGUGCCGGGAUGAGGGUCUUCAGCACCUCCUUCCCUGCCCUGGCAGAACCAUCCACCCCCAACCCUUAGUGCCUUGGUCCCAGGCUCCUUGCAGUUGUAGCUGCAGCCUUGGUUUGUCCACUUAGAGGAGGUGAAGCUUUCUCCCGGUGGGUUUGACUUUUUCCCUUCUGUUUCCUCGGGUUCAAUAAAGUUUCCCUGAGGGUGGGAGUCUGGCCACUC